CACAGCCAAAGCUGCUGGCAUCCUCGGCAGCCAUUGAUGAGCGUUCAUUCCAAGAGGACGACCCGACCAGAUCUCCGCGUGUUUGCGUGUCCGUGCGGGCGGCAGUCAUGGUGUCCCACUCUCUCGCCCUGCCCAUCAUCUGCUUCACCACGCUGUGGACCCUGGUGGGCGUGGUGGCUCCGUUUCUGGUUCCGAAAGGACCGAACCGAGGAGUCAUCGUCACCAGCCUCAUCCUGACGGCCGUCUGCUGCUACCUGUUCUGGUUGGUGGCCAUCCUGGCUCAGGCCAACCCUCUGUUUGGACCUCAGCUGAAGAACGAAACCAUCUGGUACCUGCGGUACUACUGGGAGUAAACGGUUGUGACGUGUCGCCUGGUUUGUCUGUGAGGGUUCGCUGGACGUGACCUCCUCGCCGUUUCUCCUCGCCGUCCCCCCUCCUCUCAGCUGCAGCGCUGCAGGAUUUCAACGCCAUCGUUCAGUUUUCUUUGCAAACCUGGGACACGUUCGGGACAGCAGGUGUCUCUUUCUCAGAGCAGAGCUCCAAUCACAACGGCUGAGACCUGGCUCCUCCCCCUCCACAGAAAUGUGAUGUCAUUUCCUCUCUGUUGCAUAAAGACGUGGCUCUCUGGGUGUAAUUACUUUAGCCUUUGUGCGCGGCUGUGGUAAACCGCCAUGUCUGCGCUCGCCGUGUUGUUGUGACAUUACAGCGAGGGGGGGGUCAGGUCACUGUGUGUGAGUGAGAAUGCCCCCCCCCCUUUCUGUAACUCGCCACUACAUUCCACCUCCAGCUCUGCUCCGCUGAGGUCCCGGUUGCCAUGGUGAUCCCAAUUCAGUCCUCCACUCGACCCCUUUUGAUGAGUUCCCGCCGCCCCCGUGCAGAUGUCCCUCCGGGGGCGGGGUUUCUGUUUGGAGCAUGCCGACCCCCCCGAACCUGCUUUUCUUCCUCCAGGUGUGACGUCUCUUUCACGCAUCCGUAUCAUCGCGGCGAACCGCCCCGCCUGCCGACCACAGCCCCUCCCCCAUCCCUCCCCCCAGUCCGUUUCUCCAAAACCACUUCGCUUCAGCCAAAAAGAAACAAAAUCAAAAUACAGCUACUUUUUAGAAAGACCAAAUUGUGUUUUUUUCCUGCCCCCCUCCCUCACUCCUCAGCCCCUCUUCGUGGCGGCGGCGGCGACAAACGCCUGAGCGGCACCGGUUCCAGGUGCUUCAGCUGGUUCUGCUGAGAACAGCAGCUGCAGAACCUUUGGAGGAAAACACUUUCCGGGUUUGGAAACAACCGAACCAAACGUGUCCCUCUGUGGGAACGCCGCUUCAAAUGAAAAGAUUCCUAUUUUUAAAUCAAAAACUAUAAGCUCCGCCUUCACCCCGCCCACCUGAUUACUUGUAAAAACCAGUGAAGGACCAGAAAUGGGGGGGACAAAUGAGUCUGACAGGGGUUUAUAGAAAUCAAUAGAUGCCUGUCAGUUAAAAGACGGCGUCACCCAUCCCUGAAAUGUUUAGGUAAAAUUUUAACCUUUUGGCUCUUUGCUCCGCCCCUCAAACUGCCAUAGCUCCAAUCGUGUACCUAAUUAACACAAUUUUGAUGGAUUCUGACGUUUUUUUUUGGGUCAGAAUCAGCUGAUUGACAUCGAUUGCUCAAACGCUUCACUACUGGUUGUAAAGCUGCCGUUCUCCACUUUCAGAAGCCGCUGGAACUGCGUUGAAAAUAAUAAUAACUGCGUUAAAGGUUCAAGAGUUAUCGAAGAACGUCAACACUGGAGCUCCACUAUAACCCAGUUUAGCAGAAUAUACUAUCUCAUCAGUGUUCUACCUGCUGGCCAAACAACCCCGCCUAGUGGUUGUGCGGUGAACUGCAUGAGCUUCAAUCCGGAGGGUUCUCAGUUCCUUCUGCGAACUUCUCAGGAUUUCUUUCUUAGUCUGAGAAUAUUCCAUCUUCGGUGUUGGGACAGCAUCCAACGUCAGCGCGCCCACCGAGCCGGACGCUGGACCAAAGGAGCAGCAGAGGGGUGGAGAUGAUCGAACUGUUGGGCAAACGUACGACCAAGACGGAAAUGAUUGUUUUCAUGUAAGCAGCAGCAGGAGAUGCAUCAGUGAGAUGAAGGGACUGAACAAACACCCUGAAUCAUCUCAGGCUGGACCGGACUCCGAGUGUAUUUGGGGUCGCCAUGGCAACGAGGAAACGAGCCACUCGUGUACAUAACAAUGGAGAUCAGAUAUGUGUGUGUUCCUGUGUUUGUGUGAUUAUUCUGUGUGUGUGGCAUCACAUGUGACCCCCCCCCACCCCUCAAUAAAGCGUGGAGUCCUGAAGUCA